AUGUAUCUUCCGUUACUUGUCGAAGAUAUGGGUUAUUUGAAAGCUGAAGUACAUUUAAUGACAGCACCACCUUACGUUUGCGCAUUUGUGUGUUGUUUAUUGAUCCAUCAUGAUGAGUCAACCAAUCGACGUAACGAUUUUAUUUGUAUUGGAAUAGUAGCGGCUAGUUUGGUUCUUGUCAUUAUUUUACGCAUCUGUUUGAUGUUGGAGAAUCGUUGGCGAGAUAAUUUAUCACAAGAGAAGUAUGCUCGUUUAGCAGCUAUCAAAGAGCCUUGCGAUUGGCAUCCUCAAGUACGGUACGUCUUGUGA